AAAUUUAAGAAAAAUUUAAAACAAUAUCCAUUAAAUUCGUUAAGUAAUCCGUUAAUUUAAAUAUGUUUGCGUCUGUUACUUGAAAUUGUUAAAAGUAAUUGUUAUAAAGUAAAAGUAACACUAAAGGUAUGCAUGCACCAAUAUAUGGAACAAUUUUGUAAUGCGUUUGCAACUGACUACUACUUGUAAAUAUGUUUGCCGUAUUUUAUGCAUUCCUAGCACGUAACGCAAAUUGAUUAAACUAAUACAGUUUACAGCUGAAUAAAUGUAUCAUAAGGAAAUGCCACGAUCGCGACGAAAAGCCGUGACAAUGUUGUCACCUGGAAAAUAUUUAAAAAUGCUUCUCAUAAUAAUACAGAUUUUCUUCGCUUUGCAAUUGUUACUAAAAAUUAAUGGAGUUGAGGCUGCGGCAGCUUCGGUUUCCACGUCAAUAGAUUUAACCACAAAUUAUACUCCGCUAAGUAAAACUACAGCCGUGACGUCACGUAAUGCUAAAGUUAAGCUAUUGAAACCGCCAGCCGAAAUCGUAGGUGGUAAAGCGGGACUUGGGAAUGAUUUACAAACACAUAACCUAGUGACAUUGGCGGCAAAGUCGUACGUGUCGUCCCCUACCACCACUCAACAACCGAAAAUACUUAAACGUUCAGGUGCUAUGGCAGAAUUAAAAGUUAAGAAACCCUUAAAAGAAAUAUUUAAUCAUACGAGAGAAAUGGAAAGAGUUUCGAAAUUGCAAUCAGCUUUGCCUGAUCAUAUACCGGACUCUUCGGGUCCAAUACCUUAUCGCUUAGGUCGACCGCAUCUGCCGCCACCACCACCACCAGCACCAGCCGUAUAUGAUACAACUGGUGACAGUCCACCCACUUUGACUGGCGGUGGCGCUGUCUAUCAUUCUGGUCCAUAUGAAGGCGAGAAAUGGCAUGCCGAAUACUGGGAUCGUGGUUAUAGUAAACAAUUCGUCUUCAAUAGCACCAGAGUGCAGCACAUUGAAGCUGAAUGUCAAGAUGAUUACAUGAAGAUACGUAUCGGUUUCAAUGGUUCUUUUAGCGGAUUAGUGUAUUCAGCUGGCUACGCUUACGAUCCUGAUUGCAUGUAUAUUAACGGUUCCGGCCGAGAUUAUUAUGAAUUCUAUAUACAAUUAAAUCGGUGCGGUACUCUCGGUAAAAAUGCUUUGCAUGAUGAAAAUCGUAAAAAUCCUACGAAUUUUAUGUGGAACACGGUAACCGUGCAAUAUAAUCCAUUAAUUGAGGAAGAAUAUGAUGAGCAUUUUAAAGUAACUUGUGAAUAUGGCUAUGACUUUUGGAAAACCGUAACUUUCCCCUUCCUAGAUGUGGAAGUUGCCACGGGUAAUCCUGUUGUGUUCACAUUAAGUCCACCUGAAUGUUAUAUGGAGAUACAGAAUGGUUAUGGCAUAGGUGGACCGCGAGUAACUGGCCCUGUAAGAGUUGGAGAUCCGUUAACAUUGAUCAUUUAUAUGAGAAGUAAAUAUGAUGGUUUCGACAUAGUAGUGAAUGAUUGUUAUGCUCACAAUGGCGCCAAUAAACGUAUACAAUUAAUUGAUCAGUACGGCUGUCCUGUUGACGAUAAGUUAAUAUCACGUUUCCGUGGCUCUUGGUCAGAGACGGGAAUAUUUGAGACUCAAGUUUAUGCCUAUAUGAAAACUUUUCGUUUUACUGGUUCACCAGCGCUUUAUAUUGAAUGUGACGUGCGCAUGUGUCAUGGCCGGUGUCCGAGUCAGCCCUGCCAUUGGCGUAAUUUGAAAGCAGUAACCAAACGUGAUAUUGCCAAUAGCUCUGAUUACGCAUUGCCGGCUCCAUCCGCAACAUUAGAAACUGAGGCAGUUCUCAUGGCUAUGACUGAAAAGCCAGAACCUCCCUUAUCGGAAAAUGUUAAUCUCUUCCAAUCGUUAAGGGUACUGCAAGAGGGCGAAACAGAUGAUGAAAGCUUUUACACGAACUCGCAGCAUUCGGAAAUGAUAACGAAUCAAACUUGUUUAAAAACUGCUACAUUCUCGGCAAUGACCGCAACAUUUUCGGUAAUGUUUUGUGUUCUCUUCGCCUCGCUUAUGGUGACUUGUUCACGUUUAAGACAAAGAAUAAAGCAAACAACGUUAUACGAUCAUUAUAUUAUGCAAAAAGGACAAAUCGAUUGACAGAUUGAGAAUGAAAAAUAAUAUUGAAAACUUUGAUUUUACACCAUAUAGAGAGCAUUUGUUUUGUGUAAAUAUUAUUUUUAUGUUUCAUAUAAUUUGUUAAGAUUAAAAAUUAAUUAUAAAUUGAAUAAGAUAUGUGUCGUGCAUUAAGCUUGAAUUUCUUAACAUUU